AUGACCGAUAAUAUCACUGGACUCCCGACUCACUUCAUCGCCCCGGAACCGCAACACGACAUCUACCCACCAAUCGGCGUCAAUGUCGAGGAAUCUAUGUGGAGGUGAGAAGAACUCUUGUUUUUUAUUAUUCUUCUCUGAGUGACAAUUCCUGAAUACAUGUAAAAUGUGUGUAUUUUCAGCCGCUUCAAGAAGUCGGUCUCCAAUCUGAUGGCCAGAGCUUUCUGCAGAACCGACGGCCGCCAGUACGACUACUACUCGAAGACCGCCUGCCCGACCGAUGGAAAGAACCUCCCGCCAGUCUGA